AUGUUAGGGCCGAAACCAUUUAAGAGUGUUCCCGCAAGCGAGACGCAAAAUUCUCCCGAAACAACCGGCGUCAAGGAAAACCCAUCGGAAUUAGACGAAAAUACAUGCGUAUUUACGCUUGCAUUCGAUUUGAGAAAAAAAAUCUCUCUUGGUGUAGACUCCACGGCAACAGCAAUCCUAAGUGAUGGUGCGAGCGACGGGAUGUACCUGGUUUGUAAAGAAAUAUAUACAAAAGAGAGCCGUUUAAUUGGAAAGCUUAAGCUUUUGCUUACGGUAAGGGAUGGUCUUCUGGAUCGCGUCGCUCAGAAACGGCCUCUUCUUAAAAGCGAACAAAUUGCUCAAAUUUUCGGAAGAGUGCAAGGACAAUUGAGGUUCCAUGAGAAGAUUUGUGAAAAGCUCGGAAAGAUAAUUGAGAACUGGGAUGGAAGUGUGUGCGAUGUGGUCAGGAUCUGGACAGAGACAUUCGACGAGCACCGACGGGUCUAUUCGUCGUACACGAACUACUACGACAGGGCAACAGCGAUGCUAAAAAAUGCUUGUGAGAAGGACCCGAAGCUAAAGAAAUUUUUCGAGGGCCAAGAGAAAAAUAAAUUAUUUGAGCGAAAACGCGUCGUGGAUGUCAUGAUCGAACCGGUGCAACACGUUCCGGGAUUGAAAAACAUCCUUGAGCGUUUGGAAAAAGUGGAUCGGGAACAAGGCGGAAACAACCCAAUCGGAGAGGCGAUCGUGACCAUCGAAAAAAUUUUGAGUUAUUCGAACAACGUAUUAAUGAACAAUGAAGUGGGUAUGAAAAAGCUGAUUCUCAUAAAGGAGAUCGAGGACCUCCCGCCCGAUUUUCUGAAAGGCUCCAACGUCAUGCUCUGUUCGCUAGAAGUUAGAUGGAUUUGCGCGGAGAAGAAGCUGAAGAUUGAGAAAGAUGAUACCGUGAAGUUAAUCCUAUUUAAUGAUUCGACAGUACUAGUAAGUCGGUUCUGUUGA